AUGGUUACUUGUAAGAUUAUUGAUAAUGAUAAGGAGUUAUAUAUUUCAAUAGUCUAUGCCAAAUCUUCUAGUAAAGGGAGGGAAGAAUUAUGGAACCGUAUGAGAAUCGUUGCCUCUACUAUUAAUGCACCCUGGGCUGUUGCAGGGGAUUUUAAUAGUAUACUUGAUGCUGAAGAAAAAAUUGGGGGAAAUCCCCAUAGACUAAGCAAGAGUAUUCCAUUCAUGGAAUGCCUUAGUGAUUGUGGUUUAAGAGAUAGUGGAUAUACCGGGCAUAUUUUUACCUGGUGCAAUGAGAGAAAAAAAAAGAAUGUAAUCUGGAAAGGCUUCCAGGAAGUUGUCAAAUCUAGUUGGAAAUCUCACACUAAAGGUAAUAUCUUUUGGGAAGUUCAACAAAAACUAAAGAACACUAGUUCUGCUCUUAGUAGUUGGUCCAAGAAUACAGUUGGAGAUAUUUUUAAGAAUACUCAAGACAUGGAAAACAGAAUUAGUGAGCUUGAACAAAGAUAUAUUGAAAGUAUGGAUUCUCAUGAUAGAAUGCAGUUGAAUAAAGCCAAAGCUGAACUGAUUUCUCAUCAUAAGAAAGUGAAUGAUUUUUGGAAACAAAAGGCAAAUUUGAAAGGGAACCUCGAAGGGGAUGAGAAUACCAAAUAUUUUCACUCCAUUGUAAAAGGAAGAAGAAAUCAUCUCCAAGUCCACAGAAUUCUGGAAAAUGAUGUAUGGGUGGAAGGAGAAGAAGAGAUUGGGAUUGUUGCAGAGAACUUCUAUAGGAAUUUGUUCUCUCAAUAG